UACGAAAAGCGGCAUCGCCGGCGUCAUCGGACAAACAUGGCCGCUCAGCAUUUUGUCUGCUGUAGCUUGGCAAGUGGUUGAAGCAGCUUUCGCGUCUCAACCCCCUACCCUUAUGUUGGGGCCGUCCGGGCCCUCGUUAUAGGUCCUGUUCUGUUUAUUCCCUUCCACGUAGCCAUGAAUGCAGACAUCGAAAGUUUUAUCAGCAGGAACUGUCACUGGAACAAGCUGCCCGACAGCGCGAAGCGGUUGCUUGGAAAUUCGGAAAAGGAGUUUGAAAAGGCCGUCUUCCAGUAUAGCAUCAAAAACCAGUUGCGGUUCCGUGGAAACCUGGUGCGAACGUAUCACCGGGAUGAAAAGUCCUACUAUGACAGUGUGCUGCAGUACAGCCGCAGUCACCUGAUGCUGUACCCAUACCACCUGUCCAACUACAUUGUCACGAGAAUGCGUAUCACCCCCUUCCAGUAUUACAUUUCCAUUAUGCAGGACCUCAUGGAGCAGGAAAGAAGCUAUGAUUCAUUGCCCAAUUUUACUGCUGCUGAUUGCUUAAGAUUGCUUGGCAUAGGCCGGAACCAAUACAUUGACCUGAUGAACCGAUGCAGGUCGUCAAAGAAGUUCUUUACGGUGCGAAGAAAGUCAGUACGCGACCUUCUGCCCACGAAGCCGGUGUCAGACAUUCCCAUCGAGCCUUGGUGGUACAUCAACGUCGGCUACGUCACAGAGGAUGACAUCAAGGUUGUCUCAACAGCUGAGAAGGCUGUGAUCGACAAAGUCAUCGACGACGGACCACAGAGGGCAGGAACACUGAAAGCGGAAGAUGUGAGAAGUCUCUACCUGAAGGGUUUGGUAUACAUCGAUGUCCCCCUCGAUGACCAUGACUGUGUUUCAGUGCCUCCUCUGGAAGGUUUUGUGAUGAACAGAGUACUAGGAGAUUAUUUUGAGACGCUGCUGUACAAAAUAUUUGUUUCUAUAGAUGGGAACACCCCGCUUUCAGAGCUUGCCAGUGUGUUGAGGAUCGACGUUCAACUUGUAAAGAAUGCUGUAUCUAUGUACUGUCGCCUCGGUUUCGCACAAAAGAAAAACAAGGACAUGUCGGGAUUGGAUCCUUCCUGGCUAACACAAAACUGCAAGACUGUCAAGUCCAGCAGCAGGGAGGUUGAAGAGUUCAUGUCGGUGUUGCACACAGAAGUGGAGAAAGAAGGCCAGCUGAUAGGCGGAGAGUCGGUGCCCGCAGAAGAUUCGGCCAGUCUCCACGAAUCGGCACCAACCGAAUUGUCUGCGACAAGGAACCGUGUGAAACGGAUUGGUUUCCUCUUCGACUCCAACCUGACUGCCUUCCUAAUGAUGGGAAACUUGUCCCUGGGUCUGAAGAGUCAUGCUGUGACCAUGUUUGAAGUGGGUAAACUCUCGGACGAAUCGCUGGACAGCUUUCUCGUGGAGCUAAAGAAAGUGGGAGAGGCAGGGGAAGGCGAGGCUCAACGGUACUUUGACCAUGCGCUCACCUUGCAAGACACUGUUUGCUUCUUGCGCCACAACGCCGCUAUCACACCGGAGAGCGGGGCCCAGCCGGCCGAGGAUUCGUUGUCGUCGAAAACCGGCCACGGCCUGGGCCUCGACCUGGUGCGCUGCGAGAGCCUGCAGAACCUGGACCAGGAGACCUGCGCGCGGCUGCUCAACAAAAACUAUGCGCUGUUGGUGUCAAUGGCACCGCUGAGCAACGAAGUGAGGCCAGUCACCAGCUGUUCACCUCCUCACUUGGGACCUGCUGUUCCCGAGGUGAACUCCGCCUGGUUCAAGCUGUUCAUCUACGUGCUGUCUGGCCACGGUCCCCCGUCCCUCCUAGUUUCCAAAGGAACACGGUUACGAGUGCUGCCCAAUAUCUUCGAGGAGUACGACAAGCUGCUGGUCACAACGUGGGGUCAUGGCCCGGGGACGGUUCCGAUGUCAAGCGCCCUCAUCACCCUCAACGAUGCACUCACGCAUUCCGCUGUGCUCAUUCAGGCCCAGGGUGUGCCCAACGGGCAAGUUAACAUUCCAUUUCCAUUCGAUGACCAAGAAGAAAGCAGUGAAGGGAACAAACUCGUCAAUCAUCCAGCCCUGCAGCGGCUCUCUGAAGAGCUCCAGCUCGGCUGUUCGUGCGGCUACGUCACACUCAUGCGGAUACGAGCCCGGGAACCGGCCGGCAUAGACGAGCCGCCCGACGACGACGACGACGGCGAUGAGCAUCUCGAGGAUUGGACGCUGCUCGACUGCUGCUAUGGCAUUCCGCUCUUUGACAAUGCACUAAACAAAGAUGUCUGUGCCAAGAUUCUCAAGCACAGGCUGUGUUCCAAAGACAACCUGAAGCAACUGACCAAGUCGAAUCGGCGGCUGGCAUUACGACUUCUCGACUUUAUCUCAGACUACGAGGCCGACCCCUUGGUGCUGAAUACGGAUACGUUGCCCCUUCCAACGCAAAACCUCCUUUUCCACGACGGGACAUUGAGUGUGUGGGACGAAUGUUGAUGCGACGGCAAGACGCGGUCGUCGAGUAAACACGGGUUUGUUAG